GGGGGCGGGGCCUGGCGGCGGAGAGGAGCGCGCAUGCGCGGUCGCCUUUGUGUGGGUCGAGCGGCGGCGGCGGCGGUGGCGGUCGCACUGGCUGGCGGGCAAGAGGGGAGUCCGGGCGGCGGCGUCCGGCGCGGGAGCCGGGGUGCCACCAUGGUCAAGAAGCGGAAAGGCCGCGUUGUGAUCGACUCGGACACGGAGGACAGCGGCAGUGACGAGAACCUGGAUCAGGAACUCUUAUCCCUAGCCAAAAGGAAACGUAGUGACUCUGAAGAGAAAGAGCAACCUGUUAGUCAGCCUGCAGCUUCUUCAGACUCUGAAACAUCGGACAGUGAUGAUGAGUGGACAGUUGGAGGCUCAAAAAAUAAGAAAAAAGGAAAAACUGGGAAGAUAGAGAAGAAGGGAACAAUGAAAAAGCAGACAAACAAAGCUGCUUCCUCAGGUAGCUCCGACAAAGACAGCUCAGCUGAGAGUUCAGCCCCCGAAGAAGGUGAAGUGUCUGACUCCGACAGUAACAGUUCCUCCUCCAGCUCAGAUUCGGAUUCUUCCUCUGAGGAUGAGGAGUUCCAUGAUGGAUAUGGAGAAGACCUCAUGGGAGACGAAGAAGAUAGGGCCCGUUUAGAACAAAUGACAGAGAAGGAGAGAGAACAGGAACUAUUUAACAGGAUAGAAAAGAGAGAGGUGCUUAAGAGAAGAUUUGAAAUUAAGAAAAAAUUAAAAACGGCUAAGAAAAAAGAAAAGAAAGAAAAAAAGAAAAAACAAGAAGAAGAACAAGAAAAGAAAAAACUUACACAGAUUCAAGAGUCCCAGGUCAUGUCCCAUAACAAGGAGCGACGUUCCAAGAGGGAUGAAAAACUAGACAAAAAGUCUCAGGCCAUGGAAGAAUUGAAAGCAGAGAGAGAAAAACGGAAAAAUAGAACAGCUGAGCUGCUUGCCAAAAAACAGCCAUUAAAAACAAGUGAAGUCUACUCUGAUGACGAAGAGGAGGAAGAGGAUGAUAAGUCCAGUGAGAAGACUGAUCGAUCAUCUCGGACGACAUCAUCUGAUGAAGAAGAGGAAAAGGAAGAGGUUCCUCCAAAGUCCCAGCCAGUUUCUCUGCCUGAAGAGCUGAACCGGGUGCGAUUAUCACGGCACAAAUUGGAACGAUGGUGUCACAUGCCUUUUUUUGCUAAGACAGUCACAGGAUGUUUUGUACGAAUUGGCAUUGGGAACCAUAACAGUAAACCUGUCUAUCGGGUUGCUGAAAUCACUGGUGUUGUGGAAACAGCCAAGGUUUACCAGCUGGGUGGCACUAGAACAAACAAAGGAUUACAGUUGAGGCAUGGCAAUGACCAACGUGUGUUCCGUCUGGAGUUUGUCUCAAAUCAAGAGUUCACAGAAAGUGAAUUCAUGAAAUGGAAAGAAGCAAUGUUCUCUGCUGGCAUGCAGCUGCCUACCUUGGAUGAGAUUAACAAAAAGGAAGUGUCCAUUAAAGAAGCUUUGAAUUAUAAAUUCAAUGAUCAGGACAUUGAAGAGAUUGUAAAAGAGAAAGAGAGAUUCAGAAAAGCUCCACCCAACUAUGCCAUGAAAAAAACACAGCUUCUAAAGGAGAAGGCCAUGGCAGAAGACUUAGGAGACCAAGACAAAGCAAAGCAAAUCCAAGAUCAGCUGAAUGAGCUGGAGGAACGGGCAGAGGCUCUAGAUCGGCAACGAACAAAGAAUAUUUCGGCCAUUAGUUAUAUCAAUCAACGAAAUCGAGAAUGGAAUAUUGUUGAGUCUGAGAAGGCCCUUGUGGCGGAAAGUCACAACAUGAAGAAUCAGCAGAUGGAUCCCUUCACCAGACGGCAAUGCAAACCAACUAUUGUUUCCAAUUCCAGAGACCCUGCUGUUCAAGCUGCCAUCUUGGCCCAGUUGAAUGCAAAAUAUGGCUCUGGUGCAUUACCAGAUGCUCCAAAGGAGAUGAACAAGGGUCAGGGAAAGGACAAAGACGUCAAUUCUAAGUCAGCCAGUGACCUCUCAGAGGACCUGUUCAAAGUGCAUGACUUUGAUGUGAAGAUCGACUUGCAAGUUCCCAGUUCAGAAUCAAAGACGCUGGCCAUCACGUCAAAGGCUCCCCCGGCCAAGGACGGUGCUCCAAGAAGGUCUCUGAACUUAGAAGACUACAAGAAACGACGAGGGCUUAUCUGAGCGUGCCCAGCCUGCUGCUUCUGACCCUGCAUGCACCAUGAUAAUGUUCUCCUCUCCUCUUCUCCCUUGGUUUGCCCUCUUUGGGCUGGAGCAGCAGGGGCGCUGGGAAGAGACUCUUUAAACUGCCAGUCAUCUGUAACAUAAAACCAUUUACUGUAUAGAUCUCCCUCAUCCGCCCACCCACCCUCCCUCUCCUCCUGCUGCCCCACCUGUGUGGAUUCGAGCUCUCUUGGGUUUUAUCCAUGUCUUUCAGUUUGCAUUUGCUUUUUUUUUGUCAUCAUCACAGUUCAUUAGGCCACUCUGCCUAUUUUCAGUAUUACAGCAGAGUUGAGAUUCCUGCUAGAGCCUGUGGGUGGCAGCAGCAGCCCUGGGCAAGCUUCUUCCUGUACCACCCUGGGCAGGGCCAUCAAGCUUUGGCACUUGGCCCAUGUUGGCAGGGAUGGGGACUAGUCACCUACAGUCUUCCUUCUCUCCUCUACAUCUUUCUCCACCUCUGCAGAAGGGAGUUUUUGAAAACUGGUUUAGUUUCCAAAAAUUGUACAUUUUAAGAGGGAGGUGUGUAUGUAUGUGUGUGUGUAUGUGUGUGUGUGUGUGUGUGUGUGUGUGUGUGUGUACACACGUGUGUGUGGAUUUUUUCCAGGUGUUUUUUUAUCAUUUUUAAGAUGCAGUACUCUUUGUAUCAGUCUGUUAUGGUUCUCUACGGCUGUUUCAAAUUUCUAUCAGCUGUAUUUGAGCAUCUGAAACUACAAGAAAGAAACUUAUUAAAUGUGAUUCUUCUUAUUAAACAGGCCUGGCUACUGUA